GAACCUACCUGUGGCCACGGGGGUCCCACUGGACAGAAAGCCCACUCCUCACCUGUUGGCAAACAAAAUGUGCUGGAAGACGUUGCUGCUUCUGCUGUUGUAUUACAACGCACAGGCUACCGUGUCCCACAGGUGGAACAGGGCCCUGCUCUUCCCUGCUGCCCAUCGGCCGAAGCGGUCCUCAUCCAUGCCCCUGAACCCAGUCCUGCAGACCUCCCUGGAGGAGGUGGAACUGCUCUACGAGUUCCUGCUGGCCGAGCUUCACAUCAGUCCAGACCUGAAGAUCUCCAUCAAGGACGAGGAGCUCGACUCCCUGAGAAAGGCCUCGGCCUUCCGCACAGUCUGCAAUGACGUCAUCCCCAAGCGCCUCCCGGACAUCCGCAGGCUGAGCGCCAGCCUCGCUGGCCGCCCGGGCAUCCUCAGGAGAGAGGACUUCGAAAGGACCGUGCUGACCCUGGCUUACACGGCCUACCGCACCGCCCUGGCCCACGGGUAUCAGAAGGACGUCUGGGCCCAGUCGGUGGUUAGCCUCUUCCAGGCGUUGAGACAGGACUUGCUGCGGUCCUCAGACCCCAGAGCAUCUCCCUCGGAGCAGGCACCUGCACACACGGCAAUCCAGAAAGUCUGAGUUCUCUUCCCCAGCUACAAGGACUAGCAGCAAAACACACGCCACCCACACACACCACCAGAGAGAAGAGAUGCCCCGAAGCUCGUUGUCUCCACAGCUUCCUGACAAACACGCCUGAUCCACGGCUGGGAGAGAGGGCUGCAGGGGGGGCCAAGAUGGCUCCUGACGCAGAUGGUUUGAGGACCUGCGCUUCAGCUCAGCGCCAUCACUGGACACGCCCGGGGGAGGACAGAACUGGAGAAGGGGUGCGGGCAGAAGGCUGGGCAUAGCCUCAAGAGAGGAGACAGAAGCCUCGGGCUGGGAAUGUCUUUCCAGUAGUUCUAAAACAAAUAUGAAAAAGUGAAAGAGCCAUACCCUAAAUAAAUUCAUUGUGAACCAGGGAUAUAUUACUGAGCUUUUCCAAAAACCAUCGGGAAGAAUCAGUUGGAAAAUCGGUAGUUUCAUGACCUGUAUGUCUUAACUCACCUUCUCUGAAAGCUGGGUCUGCUGGUAAAAGUGCUGGCCCCAGCACCCAGGCUUCACCGUCUCCAUCCGAAAACAAGUUGGCAUCUCGAAAUAAUCAGGUACUCCAAAUAAAAAUGAAUUCCGGGCAACCAGA